UUAAGAGAAAUAGAAGGCAUUUUGCCUCUGAGCUCAGUUCCAGUCCCUGGAGGGCAGCGGGCAUCAGCUGAGCAGCAGGUAGACAACCCAGGCAGCAGGAUAUGUGGCUGCUCUUGGUUCUCUUCCUUCCCGUCGUCCAAGGCUCUGCCCUAAGAGCAGUGUCCAGUGCAGUGAGUGGCCCACUGCAGGGCUCACUGACCGUGCAGUGUCGCUAUGAACCCGGGUGGGAGACCUACCAUAAGUGGUGGUGUCAAGGAGCCAAGUGGAGUGACUGCCAUAUCCUCGUUCAAACCGACGGAUCAGAGCAGGAAGUGAAGGGUGACCGAGUGUCCAUCAAGGAUAACUGGAAAUCACGCACAUUCACCGUGACCAUGGAGGACCUCAGGUGGAACAGUGCAGACACUUACUGGUGUGGGAUCGAGAAGUCUGGAACGGACCUUGGGGUCGAUGUUAAAGUGACCAUUGACCCAGUGACCGUGCAGUGUCACUACAGCCCGGCUUGGGAGACCUUCGUGAAGUCAUGGUGUCCGGACACGGAUUUGAAUAGCUGCCGCAUCCUUGUUCAAACCACCGGACCUGAGCUGAGGAAGAACCAGCUGUCCAUUGAUCAGAAGAAGCGCACAUUCUCCAUGACCAUUUGGGGCGAGUGAAACAAGUUUUGAGAACAAUCAGCUGUGUUCUGAAGAGUUGCUGCCCAGGCAUUUUAUAGUAGGGCAACCCUGCUCACUCCGGAAAUCCAGAGCUUAGAUAAGGCUCUCUAGAACUCCUCCAUAAGUUCCUGUUUUGCUUUUCUUGAGUCACAUUUCGAAAUAACCACUUGGAGUUGAGCCCAGGAAAAAUCAGUGACCUGUGUCCCAACCAUGGUGUAAGUAAGAGGACCUGCCACCCUGCUCUGGGGCUCUUGCUCCCUCAUGGUUCGGGAUGGAGGACCGCCCUUCCCAGGUUCACUGGGCGCCUCUCCCCUAUAGUUGUAAGCAAUAAACGUUGUGACUCUC